AUGUGGCAAGAAGAAGGUUCUGAGCGGGACAAACAUCGGAAAGAGAUCCGAUGGUUAAAGAAAGUAAGAUGUGAUAAUGAGAUGAUAUCGUGUAAUAUGUAUGUGACAUACAUGUCUCAGUUGAAGGAUUUCCCGUGGGGAUUCCAUUUGUAUCAUUCAGUUGUCCACCAGAAGGAAUAUUACCGUUCUGCAGUCCUUUUGGAUUUGCCAAUUGAUGGCCACUAG